AUGACCGGAAUUACCAACGAGAUACCACCUGCCGAACUCGAACGAUUUCAACGGGAAUACUAUGAAUAUUUACAAAACUUCUUCCUGACCAAUGGUGGACCAUCUGCAACAUCUCCGAGUACCCCCGUGAAUAACAGUUCUACUCCAUUACCAGCUUCACAAACAUUCUGGUACACACAACCCACAUGGGGCUACAUGGGUGUUGGUCAACAACCAUGGAACUAUUGGUAUCAUCCGAACGCAUAUGGAUUCCCCGCUCCGUCCGCCCCAAGCAGUUCCGUGGAGCCAGAUCCUGGUGCUGUUAAUCCAGCUGGACCUAAUGCAGAUUGGAUGCAAGGGGCACGUGCAAUAUUUGCUGGGCUUGGUGUCGGCGGUCAGGAUCAACAAGCUGCAGAGGUUCCUGUCAACCCAGCACCACCUGAGGAAGCCCCCCAGCCACAAGCUCAACAGCAGCAACAGCAACAACAACAACAACAGGCUAUGAUGGUGGGCAAUCCGAUGAUGGGCGGAUUUAUGGGUGCCGAGGAAUUCGGCGAAGGCGCAGAAAAUCUGGACAUAGUGGAUCGAUUUUACAUGCUGUUUCGAUUAUGUUUAUUCAUCGGCCUUUGUUUCGCCUACUCCUCGUUGGACAAGGCCAUUAUUGUCUUCUCGGUGGCCGCCUACGUAUACUUCUACAAUAUCUAUCGACGACAUGCAGCCAUACGCCGAGCAGCAGCGGAAGCCCAACGAAAUCAAGCGGAAGCGGCUCAACGUUCCACAAAUUCACCAUCUUCUGAGUCCAGUCAAACAGAGAUUCCAAAUUUUCUCCUUGGGCGUACGGACUCAGAGCCGGACGCAUUGCGUCACGUUCCUCCUACUGACUUGACAACGGUUGUGGCUAUUGUUGUUCGAUCGAUCGAUACAGCCAGUCUCCGUGCCUUGUGGCGCUGUGCUUUCGUGAUAUAUGGAUUUCUCACAUCUCAUCACACACUGGGUGCUCUUCAACCGUCUGCUCACGGUCGCCAGAAUACCCUGGGCUUUCUCGGGCAACGCGGGAUCACAUAUCCGUCAAAUGCAAAAUCAUCCAGCCCAUCUACCGGUUAG